UAUCUCAAGCCCUAAUGCUCAGCGCAGAGAACUAUGCAUCUUUGCGGACGCAUCAGUGAAGGCAGUUUCAGCUGUGGCAUACUUGAAAGUAACCAACAAUGAUGGACGAGUAGAAGUCGGCUUCGUCUUUGGAAAGGCCAGACUAGCUCCAAAACCAGACCUUUCUAUACCUCGGUUGGAGCUUUGUGCGGCAGUUCUCGCUGUCGAGAUGGCCGACAUGAUAGUGGAAGAAAUGGAUCUGAAGUUUGACAGCAUCGAGUACUACACAGACAGUAAGGUGGUACUUGGCUACAUCCAUAAUCAAUCCAGGAGGUUCUACGUUUACGUGAACAACAGAGUUCAGCAAAUCCGUCAGUCCUCAGCUCCAGAACAGUGGCAGUAUGUGUCCACCGAUCAUAACCCAGCAGACCAUGGGACUCGAUCCGUGCCAGCGUCACUUCUGGGAAGUACAACAUGGCUCACCGGGCCAGCCUUUCUCCGGAACCCGUCUUCACCAAAACCAGAACGUCAAGAGAUCUAUGACCUAGUUGACUCCAUCUCAGAUUCCGAGGUUCGCCCACAAGUUGUUGUUAACAUCACUAACAUCAAAAAGGACACUUUGAACACAGCACGCUUUGAGCGCUUCUCUGACUUUGACACUCUCAUCAAGGCAGUAGGACACUUAGUCCACAUCGCUUCGUCUUUCUCCCAAGCUAGACAGGUGGACACCUGUCACGGGUGGCACAUCUGCCACAAGGGGCUUUCCAAUGGGGAGACGGAGAAAGCUAAGAUACUGGUGAUUAAAAGUGUGCAACGUGAGUGCUACGCAGAAGAGUUCAGGUGUAUCGAAACGUCAGGCAACCUUCCUAUCAACAGCAGUCUGCAGAAACUACAUCCCUUUGUCGACAGCACUGGAAUACUCAGAGUGGGAGGUCGCAUCAAAGAGUCUCAGUUAAGCACAGACGAAACCAACCCCAUCAUUAUUCCAGGCCAUCACCAUCUAGGAACCCUCAUUGUUCGUCAUCACCACCAUGCUGUGAAACACCAAGGCAGGCAUUUUACAGAGGGCGCCGUCAGAGCAUCUGGAAUCUGGCUGGUGAGAGCUAAACGAAGCAUCAGUAGUCUGCUCUCCAAAUGCGUGACCUGCAGAAGACUUCGAGGGAAAACAGAGCACCAACAGAUGGCAGAUCUGCCAGCCGAGCGGCUACAGGCAGCACCACCCUUUUCAUAUGUGGGAGUAGAUGUAUUCGGGCCUUGGGAGGUGGUCUCUCGCCGUACCAGAGGAGGGCAAGUCAACAGUAAACGCUGGGCAGUGUUGUUUUCAUGUAUGUGUACACGAGCCGUGCACAUCGAAAUCAUCGAAGCCAUGAGUGCUAGCAGCUUCAUUAAUGCACUCAGAAGGUUUUUCGCUAUCAGAGGGCCCGCAAAGCAGCUGCGCUCAGAUUGUGGGACCAAUUUCAUUGGCGCAUGCAGAGAGCUCGGAAUGGAUGGAUCCCUCCCUGACCCGCAUGGCGUGGAGAAGUUUCUGGAGGCACAGAAAUGCAUCUGGGUUUUCAAUCCCCCUCAUUCAUCUCACAUGGGCGGUGUAUGGGAGAGGAUGAUCGGGAUCGCUCGUCGUAUCCUGGACUGCAUGCUUCUGGAAGAUAAGUCACGCCUAACUCAUGAGGUCUUGACGACCCUAAUGGCCGAGGUCAGUGCUAUUAUGAACGCAAGGCCUCUGAUUCCUGUAUCUUCCGAUCCAGAAGCUCCCGUUAUCCUCUCUCCUCUGAUGCUCCUGACUCAGAAAGUCGGCGCUCCUCCACCUCCACCAAGCGACUUCAAGAAAGGAGAGCUUCUCAAGGCAGAAUGGAAGCGUGUCCAAAGUCUGGCGAACACCUUUUGGACUAGGUGGCGCCGAGAGUAUUUGAGCACCCUGCAAGUCCGGCAUAAAUGGGUAAACAAGAGGCCUAAUCUCAAGCAAGGAGAUGUAGUCUUAAUGAAAGAUGCUCAAGCAAAGAGAAACGACUGGCCCACUGCAGUCGUCACAAAGGCUUUUCCGAGCCAGGAUGGACUGGUGAGGAAAGUAGACGUGCGAGUGAUCAAGGAGGGCAAGCCGAAGGUUUACUCCAGACCUGCGACGGAAGUGGUCCUUCUCCUGUCUCCAGAGGACUCUCAAGAUUAAAGUAGUUGUAGAAAUGUGAGGUCCUGUCUCCAAAACCUCAAGCGGGGAGUGUUGUGUUCCGUGUAUAGAGCUGUGUGUUUGUGGGAGCCCCCAGUGGCGAGUGAUAAUAGCGCAGCUUUAUCUACAACAGGAAAUAGUCAUACAGGAAGUUGUGUCAGUCAGUUGGGAAAUUACAUGUGGCAGUCCAGUUUUUGUUAGCUCCACAAUCUGGCUUCAUCCAUCUUCUGGAGACUCGUUAAGCGCAUUGUCUUUUUACAAUAAAGAAUAUAAGAAUAUUCAAGAGCUUCAGUAAUCUCCAAUUCAGAAUCCCGUUCUCCUGGAAUUAUUCGAAGUUCAUGUUUAUGCUGACUGAAUAGCUAGAUUCCAGGAACAUCUAGUGAGAACAGUACACAU